CAACAACUUUUAACUAUAUAAUCCUCAAACGCCUUUCAUUCCACUUAAGAGAAUGGCUUUUCGGUUCUUCAUCUUUGCUAUUUUGGCUAUUACUAUAGCUUCUUUUGGCAGUGCAUCUGAUCCCAGUCAAUUACAAGACUUCUGUGUUGCAAUUAAUGAUUCCAAAGCUGCUGUGUUUGUCAAUGGAAAGAUCUGCAAGAAUCCGACAGAUGUCGAUGCGGGGGACUUUUUUCUCUCAGCGGGCCUUAACAAACCCGGAAAUACAUCAAAUCAGCUUGGAUCUGCAGUUUCAGCUGUGACUGUGGAUACCCUACCUGGGUUGAACACUCUCGGCAUUUCACUAGCUCGUAUUGAUUUUGCUCCCAACGGGGUCGUUCCUCCGCACACCCACCCUAGAGCAUCGGAAGUCCUCGUGCUCUUGAAGGGUACUCUAUACGUUGGAUUUGU